GAAAAGAAUUAAAUGAGAAAAUUGAAAUAAAGUCCUCAUAAUUGUAUCCUCUUGGCUCCAAUGGUUGAAUUUUCUAUUCUUUCUACCCUCUGUCUUUAGCUUGGCCAUAUACCCUUCUGUCUGCUACAAAGUAAACCGUUCUGCCAGCCGGGUUACUGUUCAACUGCCCACCCAGCUCUUCCUUUCAUAUAGAGACCCGAUCAACAAACGGCUAGACUUUUUUCUGUUAACCUACAGACACCCGCUCCGAUACAAAAUCUAUUCUCACUGGAGAAGCCGUUCUGUCGUCCACCAAACGUCUGGUGUCAUAACGGCGAGCAACUGCUGGAGUGGGGGAGGCGUUCGUUUACCACGACCACAUCACACGCCACCCACACCUUUUUUUCAUCAUUCAUUCCAGCCCAGGAAAGACGGCGUGAAAAUUCUCUGCAUCCCAAAAAGCAGUCGCUACAUGCAAAGAAGCCACACCAACGUCCAUUACUUCCAAGAACCGAAAGCAACCUCUUGCCCAACCCGGAUAGAAUUUACCAUCUUUGCUGGCUCUCUUUUUGGGUCAGCAGGUGACCCCCAACUCUGAAAAUAAGCACGGGCUCAAGCUAGGUUGCUUGACUGUUGUCCCUACGACGUGGCGUAGCUUCUGCAUGUUGGGGCAAACGCCUCGUCGCCAGGGAAGGAAGUAACAAGGCAAAGCAGAGUGAGGAAAAAAAAAAAAAGUUGAGCUCCGCUCUUCGGCCAAAAUUGGACCUCACACUCAGUCAGUCGCUGGAGCAGGGUCCCCAGCUCGCUUGGCUCGGUCUAGGGGAGGGGAAGCCCUAGCACGGGUGUGUUGCAUGGCUAAGGAAGAGGAAAGAGGAGCUGACUUUCAAGUCCUUGGUUGGCGUGCGGCUGCGGACCUUUUUGUGUCUUGUUACCCGUCGUGGACCAGCCGUUCUGACCCUCGUCUCUCCUCUUUCUUUUACAUAAAAAUUACACCCGAACCCCUCUGCAGAUUUCCCACUGAACCUGUCAUCGACAUUUCUCUUAUCUCAACUUUUGGACAAACCGACAAGUCAAGUCCAGGCACAUCUGGAUCAAACCCCUGCCGUCCAAGCAAUCACCCGGGGCCUUAUCUCUCGGAUCUCAGUUAACCUUGCCGCUUGUUGCCCAAGCGCUUGUCAAUUGACCAACGAGCGUGCGUACUGAUUGGUGCUGCCCGUUAUCGCAUCGCAUCAUCGCAUCGCAUCUUUUUUUUUUUUUUUUUUUGCGCCCAUACCCCCGGCACCGGCAUCAGGCCUGAACCCGCUGCCGCGCGCCUAAGCCCGUCUAUCAAAGCUCGGGUCCGGACCUGCGUCAUCGGCACUUUAUUCAUUUUCAUUUUUUUUCUAUAUUUAUAUUUUCUGACGUUUCACUGCCAAGCCGCCGUCUUCCGGCUGCCUCCCGGCGCCGCCCACCCCCGGGAGCAAAUACUUGUCGCCCCGGUACCACCGCUCGACUUCACACUUACCGGCCAGGCAAUCAAAGCUAAGCUACUAAAAGAACAAACCAAAAGAGCCUGGCUAUACAUAGCCUGUCAAUCCCUAGAUUAGUUGCAGAGAAGAAAUUGCAUCUUCUCAUUCCUGGAUGCAGGACCAUCAGCGGAUAAGUGGCAGGUAACUGGCACUUAUAAUCUUUCAUUUACUUUUCUUCUUCCUUUCAUACGUGGGAACGGCACUGCCAAGCCGCCCCCUCCACUUCGACUACCUGGGGUCUGGCGGAUCUCGUCUUGACGAACAGGUAUGGCAGACAAGAUGUCCAUCGACAGAAAAGACCCCGUCAAGGAGGAUACUCCAGACACUGUUGGCUCUAGCCCCGAGGGCGAGCAGCAGACCCAGCAGGGCAACAGCGCCACAAACAACGGCAAUCAUCAGGAGCCUCAAGAGACACAGCAACCAAAACGCAAAGGUGGUCGCAAGCCUAUCUAUGCAACUUCAGAGGAGAGAAAGCAGCGCAAUCGUCAGGCCCAGGCUGCCUUCCGUGAGCGGCGGACCGAGUACAUCAAGCAGCUUGAGGAAGCUAUCAAGAUACAUGAGCAGAAUCUUCACCAGCUCCAGGCUGCUCAUCGCAAUGCGGCAGAUGAAUGUCUUAUGCUUCGUUAUAAGAACUCGCUUCUUGAACGCAUUUUACUCGAAAAAGGCAUCGAUGUGCAGGCCGAGUUGCGUGCCAAGACCGGGAGCCCAAACUUGGGCCCAACGCAUAUGCCACAGAACUUGGUCCCACCACCUCCGAUCUCGAGGUCAUUGUUGAAUCGACACCACUCCCGCAGGUCAAAUUCUAGUAUAGCGCCCAAGAUGGAGCCAGGUCUUGGCGUCCUACACCCAUCACCGGCAAGCAGGCAAGGGGCAUCCUCUCACUCAGCUUCUCCGACAAACACGAACUCCAUCUUCACUGGUUCCCCAGCAGGUUCUACCUCUGAUCACAACCAGACGAACAACCGCUCAGGAAUGCCACCGGGUGGCAUGAAACCCCAGCAGGGGGUAGCGAUGUCCCAGGGUCUAACGCCAGGCGGUCCCGCAAGGGGAAUGCAGCAGCAAAUGCACACAGCAGCCCAUCGUGCUCAUGCCAUGCGUGUGGCUGCCGCUACAGCUGGCGGUGCAACACCAUCUGCGCCCUUCUAUCCUUCCCCGGCAUUUCAGAGCCAUAUCGACCAGCUUGAACAAGAAUACGAUGCUGCAGACAACAUGAUGGAUGAUUGUGAGACGCCAGAUACUCCCUCAGGACCGGGACCGUAUCCCGGUGCUCCAUAUUCCGGAGAGGGACAGCCUUUGAACCUUUCGAGCCCUGCAGCAACGGGAACCCCCCUUGACAGUUCGAUCGCCCCGUCACCUGCAGUCACUUCAACAGCUACACAUACCACCAGUGCCUACCCUUCAAUGACACAACUGCUCGAUACCGGUAUUGACUGGGACCCUUUUGGGCUUACGGCAAGUAUGGCAUUUCCUAAUGGCAGCCAGUUUGCUUUCGACACAAGCAACAUGAGGUGAUACCUCGGCCACUUCAAACGCUCUGAACAUAUGAUUCAUAAUCUAUCCACCCGAUUACGGUUCUCAAACCCUUAUCUUCUCUACUGAAUGUCUUUAAUUCUUUUUUACUGAUCAUUGUUUCUUCCACACGGGCGGGGUGAUAUAUAUAAAAAAACGACUUUUGCGACGCUUUACGGAAAUACCCAACACGGUGGAUAUAACGGCUUGACAUUGUGUUUUGUUUUGGUGUCAUUAUUUUGGUGAGGCGUUGUUUUUCUCCCUACUCUCUGUUUUAAAGUCCAUGGCUGUCUAUUCUAUAUGGACGGACGACAGGUUUUUCUUCUUCUGAUGCUGUGAAAAUGGGCGAAUCAAGGUCAGGAAAAGUUAUUGUGUUUUUUGUUCUUUGGCUUGCACAACUGAAUAUACUACCAUAAGGGCGGUUUCCAUUUUGUACCCAGGGCUAUCCUGUGGCCACUUCUUUCAUAAACGUCCAGGCUUAUUUGCUCUUAUUUGCUUUCCAUUUCAGGCCUAUGUUGAUUCUGAAAAUACAUUUUAUGCAGCGGGCUACGCGAGGAGUUUCUAGGCUGGGGAAAAUUCAAGAAAUGUAGAAAUGAAACGAUUACAAAAUCAAGAGAAUAUUGCAUUUGAGACUAGUUCUAGUGACAAGGCGACCUGCGCCAGCUUUCACCAUUCUAUAGGCCGCAACUGGCAUACCUGUCUGC